AACAACAUUUAUACUGACAUUUAAAUAGUGCUGCCAAGUUCUAUUAAUAUUAUUGACAUCUGUAAGCAAAAAAGAACAAGCAUUGUCAGUGGUAUUUUUUUUCGACCAACUUAAGUUUUUUCGUGGUUUAAAAAAUGUAUGCCGUAACACGUUCCCUUAUUCGUUCACCUGCUUUGCGCCAAGGCUUGCAAAUGGCCCAAGCCCAAAGGCAUGUAACAAUGAAAGUUGUACCUGCAGCCAGCACCGUUAAAGAGGAAUCAUUCUCCGAUAAAAAUAUCCGCUUGGGUCGUGAAAUGUCCCCUCACUUGACCAUUUACAAGCCCCAAUUGACCUCUUUGUUGUCGUUGACUCAUCGUGCCACUGGCAUUGUUCUGGGUACUGCCGUUUGGGGUCUUGGUUUAGCUGCUCUCAGCUCUCCCCAAGAUAUUGCCAACUAUGCUGCCGUUAUUGAGGGCUUACACUUGAACGCAGGAACAUUGUCUGUAAUGAAAUUUUUGAUUGCCUAUCCCUUGGCUUAUCACACAGCCAACGGUAUUCGUCAUUUGUUGUGGGAUACUGGUCGUUUCUUGAAAAUCAAGGAAGUUUAUUCAACUGGUUAUGCAAUGCUUGGUUUUUCAUUUGUUUUGGCUGGUAUUUUGGCUGCUUUGUAAAACUGAAAAAUCUGUGUUAAAUUUUAGAAAAUUACCGUGUCCAAGUGCUGUGUGGGCUCUCAUUUACGAAAUAAAUAAGUUAUAAAGUUUUUUCCAUCCA